AUGUCAAACACGCAAGCAACAAAGCAAGCUCUAUCCGAGCACAAAGUGAUCCCAGAUGUUCUUCCAGAAACUGUCAACCUAUCCUACGACCUAACACUAGAAUGGCCAAACGCAAAGCUGGACUCCCCAGGCAAAGAGUUGGAAAAUGCAGACACGAAACCUGAACCAAAAGUCCUCAUCAACCCUCCUCCCUCCGAACCCCUAGACAAUCUCGUCCUGAUGAUGGUCGACCCCGACCUCCUAAUGAACAACGACACAUACUGCGGCCAAGUCCGCCACUGGCUCGUCACAAACCUCUCUAGCACCUCCUCAGGCACUCUUUCCCACCACGCCGCCGCCGAGCGCUCACCCUACGUGCGGCCAGCCCCUCUACCCAACUAUCUCUACUCACGUCCCCACCGCUACGUCUUUAUCCUCGCACGCGGUUCCAGCAAGGUGGAAGUACGGCCUGAGGAUCUGCGCGAGAUGCAGAAGGAGUGGGUGGCGGCGGCGCAGGGGAAGCAGGGUGAGAUGCAGGAUUUGAAGGAUCGAUGGGGGUUCAAUGCGCAAAGGCUUUGUGAGGAGAAGGGGUUGGAGGUGCUGGCCGUGAACUUUAUGAGGAUUGGUGGGACGAUGGAGAGUAGUUUGGCUAAUGCGGCGAUGAUGGGACAGGCUGUCGUCGAUAAGGUUAUUGGAAAGUAG